ACUCCAGACUCUACUCUAACGCAUCUUUUUUCUUCCACAUCGAAGUGCGCCUCGAGCCCCUGCCAAUCGCGUCGAGAGGACAACAUCAACUGGGUGGAUUCGUUCAACCGCAGACUUUCAGAGAGGCCAGACUUCACCUGCUACUUGCACCAGAACGACACAUCAGCCCUGCUCCUACACAAGCUCUACUCCCGUGAACUGAUGCUGCACAGCCUCGUUUGGCCGGCAGUCGUGGCGGCAACCAGUCUGAUGCUGAUUCUCUUCACCUGGUUGCUAGCCGGCUGUCGAGUCUGGGGUCAGGACAAACCACUGAUCGCCUAG